CGCAGACAUUCCCCGAGCAGCAUGAGUCCGACUCUCCUCCUCUGUCUGUCACUUGUACUGGGACUGUGCCGAGCUCAGAACUCUGACACCAACAACUACACCAGACCGGUGUUUCUAUGCGGCGGAGACUUCACGGGAGAUUCGGGGUUCAUUGCCAGCGAGGGAUUUCCAAAUAAUUACCCCCCUAACAAGAAAUGUCUGUGGAAAAUCACGGUGCCAGAUGGGCAUGUGGUUAUGCUCACGUUCCGACUGCUGGACAUGGAGGCAGAUCCCAGUUGCCGAUAUGACUACCUAAACAUUUACAAUGGGCACAGUGAGAAAGGUCAGAGGUUGGCCCGUGUCUGUGGAACGUUUCGCCCAGGAGCUCUUCUCUCUACCGGCCCACAAAUGAUGCUGGAGAUGGUCACAGAUGAGGGGACGGGAGGGCGAGGAUUUGUGGUUUGGUACACUGCUGGUUCCACCCAACCCACAGAGAGUCAGAUCUGUGGGGGGAAGCUUGAGAAGCCACAGGGAAGUAUAAACACACUCAACUGGCCGGAAAACAACUAUCCAAGUGGGACCAGCUGCUCCUGGCAUAUUGUGGCCCCAAAGGAAAAGGUGGUAGAAUUAUCAUUCGGGAAGUUUGAUGUUGAAGGGGACAGUUAUUGCCGUUACGACUACCUGGCCGUGUUUAACGGGGGACAAAGCGACAACACCCGGCUAAUCGGCAAAUUCUGUGGCGAUUCUCCACCGAAAACUAUUUACUCUGAUGGCAAUGAAAUGCUGGUCCAGUUUGUGUCGGAUCUCAGCGUGACGGCUGAUGGAUUUGCAGCAAACUACAGGAUGAGGGACGCCUCAGACGUGCCAAAGACCAAGCCAACUUCCAAACCUACAUCCACUGGUGCUACAGACAAAAAGGCACCUCUGGAUACCAAGCUCAGUAAAAAACCCACAGCCAAGCCCAUCCUCAAGACCACUGCCAAGCCCAUCCUCAAGACCACAGUCAAGCCCACCAUGAAAGCAAAGCCCACUAAAGCUGAGAAACUUGCAACCACUCCAAAGCCCAAAACCAAGCCAACCAAACUGCCCAAGAGCCCAGGUUCUUCAUCGGCUGUUAAGUGCCCUCUAAAGUGCAGGAAAUCUGGAUCCCUUGGAAGUCACUACUGCGCCAAUCAGUUUGUGGUGACAGGGACCGUGAACGCUCUGACGCAGGGAGAUUCGGAGAAGUCGCUCCUGGCAACAGUCACCAUCAUCAAAACCUACAAGGUUGAAGGUCUGAGCAUCCAAGGAUCGGGAAAGACCAUGAGCAUCAAGGUUAUCAAUGAGUGUCCCAAGUGUCCAAUCCUGAAGAAAGGUUCCAGUUACCUGUUCAUGGGAGAGGUCAAUGCUGAGGGACAGGGCAGGAUCGUUCCGGAGAGUUUUGUCAUUGGCUACAAAGUUGCUCAACAUCAGUUCCUUACGGCCAUUUCCAAGAAACCCUGCUAAGGACCUCACAUCGGUCAAGAUAGUCCUGUCUGGGUUCCUUAUAACCGACAACAUUGUGGUGCUGGACUUACAUAGCCUCCCUGGCAAUAAGCUGCUCUUCAGGAACCUAGGUUGUCCAACAUUAUUCUCUUGCAUAUUGCUCAUUGUCAUAUUAUGUUCUACAACCCCCACCCCAAACAUCAUCUCCCACACUGUCCCCCUUUCUGUGCCCUUCUUCUCUCCUCUCUGCCCCAUGUCUUUGUUUCUUCCUUUGCUGCUUCUGUUCCUACUGUUGCUCUGCUUCUUCUUUCCUUCAAAAGUCUUUUAUUCUCUCCUUCCUGCCCCAGUUCUCUUCUUACUUUAAUCCCUCUGUCCUCUGUCUCCCAUGGAUUAGAACAAUAAAAAGCUUAGACUGGU